UUGCGGUCGAUCCAAUGCAUGCCGCCAUUGUAUGGACUUCGCUCGCGACGGGCGUGGUGCACAGCUGCGCUGUCUUGGGUUACUACAAACCGCCUCCGGACCAGACCAUGCUGCCCGUUGCCGACGCACCGUGCGCUGGGCAUGCCCCGUGUCCAAAGGGAUCGUACUGCAGAAACAAUCAAGCGCUGCCGUGCCUUGGUGGUUUCUACGGCAACGCGACUCAAUUGUACUCGCCGUCCUGCUCGGGGAUAUGUCCUGGUGGCCACGCAUGCCCUCCUGGCACAGUUACACCGAUUCCCUGUGGUCAUGCCAACGUGUAUUGCCCUGUCGGGUCACGAGCUCCGAAGCCGAUCCCACCGGGGUACUACGGCAUUGGCGAUACCGCCUUGACCAGGCAAUCGAUUCAACUGUGCGCAUUGGGGUCGUUCUGCGUGGAAGGCACAAUGGCGACGUGUUUGGCUGGGACAUUCGGAGCAUCCAAAGGACUGGCUUCGUCCGAAUGCACCGAUGUGUGCCCUCCAGGACAUUAUUGCCCUGAGGCGUCCAUUGCCCCCAUUCCGUGCCCACCAGGCACGUAUGGAGAUACGACCCAACUGACCACCGCCGCUUGCACCGGCAUUUGCCCGGAAGGGUUCUAUUGCCCCAGUGGGACUGCUACCCCAAAGCCUUGCCCAUCCAACUCGAUUUGCCCCAGCGGAAGCACCGCCCCGACGAUCAUUCCCCACGGACAGUACCUGACCACUAUUCACGCCACGACGACGACGUUCGAGUCAAUGCUGACGACUUGCCCUCCAGGGUCGUAUUGCAUCAAUGGAUUGGUCACGCCUUGCCCGUUGGGACGCUAUGGCAACGCAACCGGGCUCACGACAGCGUUGUGUUCUGGCCCAUGCCCGGAAGGCUUCUAUUGCCCCGUUGGCACCGAGACGCCCAUUGCAUGCCUGGAUCCCAGUACAUAUUGCCCCAUCGAGUCGUCCAAGCCCCAAGUCGUCUCGUUGGGGUAUUACUCCCUCCCCACGGCAAGCCCCACUCGGUCCCUCCAGCUUCCCUGCGACCCUGGGUCGUACUGCGCGAACGGGGUCAAGACAAAGUGUCCUGCUGGGUCGUUCGGUAUCACUCUGGGGUUGACGUCAUCGAGUUGCAGUGGGACUUGUCCGGCUGGGUCGUACUGUCCUGCUGGUACCGUCGAGCCUCUGCCUUGCGGCCACCCCAGCGUCAUGUGCCCGGAAGGCUCGGCCGCCCCUCAAGCGAUCGCAUCUGGCUUUUGUGGAGUUGGGCAGACGGUGCUGACCCAAACCAGCUCGGUUGUUGCGCCAUCUGGCUCGUACGCGCUGGAAGGGCAAUGCUACAUUUGCCCUGGAGGCUACUUUGGCGCAUCCAGCGGCCAGACGUCGCUGACCUGCUCGGGGUUGUGCGCGGCGGGAUAUUACUGUCCAUCUGGAAGCACGUCAGCCACGCAAGUUGCCUGUGGGUUGAAUGCGUACUGCCCUGAAGGUUCAGACGUACCUACGCCUGUGUUGCCUGGCUCGUUCACGGUUUCUGCCGCAACCGAUCCAUGUCCCCCGGGCCAAUAUCGCGCGACCGCAUGGUCCAACUCCAACAUUUUGCUGGCCAGUUGGUCUGCAAUUCAAGUGAAUUACGGCGACGCGUUGUACCCGUUUGCAGCUUGCAUCGCGUGCCCAAUCGGCACAUAUAAAGCCGUCGACGGGGACAGCGUGAGUCUGUGCCAACUCUGCACCAUGUACACAACCACCAGCUCGUCGGACCGAACGACGUGCGAUUGCUUUCGGCUGUCGGGGGGCGCCACUUGGAACGAAACCACUCACAAGCUCGUGUUUGACGGUUCAGCGUGCCUGGCAGUGCCGGCCGCGACGCUGACGCCGUCGUGGCUCCCCCCCAACACCGCCUUUACCCAGUCCAGCCAAAGCCAGUGCACUCGUGGCGCGUACUGUGUUCGAGGCCAACGCUUCCCAUGUCCUGGUGGAAGGUUUGGCACGCUCGCCAAGGAAACGAACCCGCUGUGCACGGGACUAUGCCGUCGAGGCCAUUUUUGUCCGGUCGGCAGCACGUCCAACACUGCGCAACCGUGUGGGGGCCCGCAUUUGUACUGCCCUGAAGGGUCCCCAUACCCGCUGCCAGUCACGGCCGGGUUCUACUCGAUCGAUUCCGCCCUUGGUCUGGCGUCGGAUCCCGCUCGACGCGACACUCAAGCUGCAUGCGAGCCGGGGUUCUAUUGCCUGUACGGUCAACGAUAUCCAUGCCCCGGCGGUCGCUACGGGUCGGCCACCGGUGAAACCAAUCCUCUGUGCACUGGUCUAUGUCGUCGCGGGUUCUACUGCCCACUUGGCAGCACAUCGGCCACGCAAGUGCCGUGCGGGGGACCGAAUGUUGUGUGCCGAACAGGAUCCGACAACCCCAUUGCAGUCUCUCCAGGUUACUACUCGGGUAGUGAUACCACGCGGGCGGAUGCCGUCUCUCGCGAAACCAUGCGCUGGUUCCAAAAACCGUGCGAGCCGGGGUACUACUGCGUCAACGGGGUUCGAAGUCCUUGCCCCAGAGGCACAUUUGGCAGCGGAGGGCAGCUCACGACCCCAUCGUGCUCGGGCGCGUGUGCUGCAGGGUACUAUUGCCCAGAAGCCAGCACGUCGGCGACUCCGUUUUUGUGCGGGAACGUGGCUUUCUUUUGCCCCGCCGGCUCGAGUGAGCCCUUGGCAGUGGCGGCUGGAUACUAUACCGCCGGAGGAACCAACAGCACAAGGGUACGACAAGAAGAGUGUGGCGUGGGCCAGUUUUGCCAAGGAGGCAUUGCAUACGACUGCCCUCAGGGCACAUACGGCGACACCACAGGCUUGACAGUCGAGCAGUGCAGCGGAUGGUGUGCAGCUGGGUUCUUCUGCCCUCCACGCAGCGCAUCUGCUACGGCCAACAGGUGCCCUGAUGGGUACUACUCGAUCCGGGGCCAAGGGUCAUGCAUGCAAUGCCCCACGAAUCGUCCAAUUACACGCUGUCAAGACAAGCGAGAGUGCUGUGCGUAGCAAAACGCGCUCCAGACGCGAUGCCGCGAGGCGCCGUUGUGAUUUUUUGCUUGCUCUAAAAGAACAGCAGCAUACGUUGCAAGUACCCGCAGCAUCUUUUCUAAAAAACGACCUUGGCCGUGGCGGGCCCUUCGUGGGGAUUCCGUUGGACCAAUGCCACUUG